AUGUCAGAUACAGAGAAAGUAAAGAUUGGAGGCAGGGGUGCAUACCCAUACAUCAAGAACGAUCCCCCAGAAUCGGGGAGUAAAGGGUAUGACGAAUGGGAAGAGAACGACCUCGUGGUAUUCUCGUGGAUUGUCGACAACAUUGAAAACGACAUCAUUGCUGACUUCGCACACCAUCAGACGGCGAAGGCUUUGUGGGACAAUCUCACCGUGACGUUCGAGAGUAAAGCCGAUCAAUACAUCAUCUAUGACCUGGAAGAGAAGGCAAUUAACAUCAAACAAGGAAGUAUGGACCUGGAAACAUACUACAGAAAGAUCCAUGGAUUAUGGAUCAAUAUAGAUCGAAGCCAAAAACAACCGGUUAGCUGCUGUGACAAGGGGAUCGAACAAUUCAGAAACUACUCAAACUCCAAAAGGCUCAUCAAAUUCCUGACCGGAUUAAAUCAGGAGUACGAUUCAAUCCGCAGAGAGAUAUUGAAGGAGCAACCGGCGCCAUCAGUGGAGGCGGCGUACGGAUGGGUGAAGACGGAGGUGGCUCGACGGAGAAUCAUGCCACCGACGUCGCCCCCACCCACCGACGAAGCUAAUGGCGGAACCGAAUCGUCAUUUGGCGGAGGGAUCAGAUAA